AUGUCUAUCUCAUUCAAUAACCCCUGUGUCGCCGCGGAUAUGUCAUCCUUCGAUUCUCAAUAUGCUACACCUGGACAUUCAACAAUGAGCAACAACAUCGGCCAAACGCAGAGGUAUAUCGAUUCCAGCACGAACGCUCGAACAAAUACGCGCCGGGUUAGCAAAGCUAUGAAGGGAAAGCGAGUCCAUGCAUGCGAGCGCCCUGGCUGUACGAAAGUAAGCUACCCCCGGAGACUUGUCGAUGAAUCAUCUCGCUCAUCAACGUUGCGUAGGUUUUCACCCGAGCGGAACAUCGUCGGCGACACGAACUCAGUCAUGAGCCGAAAAAGCAAUAUCAUUGCUCGCCGACAUGCCGCUUCAGCAGCAAAGGACACCAGAAUAUACGCAAAAAGCGACACAUCAUCUCGCCGCUCGAGUCUAGAACAACAAGCGCAGUCGCAGCCCAUCAUUACGUCUUCUGUGCAGUUUGAGCCGGCCACCACCAACGAUUAUUAUGAGGUAUGGGGAAGCAUGGAUUCAUCAAUCUCGUAUUCCCACUGCUCCAGCGGUCAGAGCCAGUCCUCUGCAUCCAUUGACGACCACUCAUCCCCCUACUCCUAUACGAACGAGAUCUGCAAUUCGCCUAUUCCGGGCGACUCAUUUACGAGCCCCCAGUAUCCUACAUCGGGCAUGCCGGUGGAGAUGGUCACAGCUAUCGACGAAUAUCUCCGCAGCAUCCUGAAGCCCGAGGCAUUUUCUUCAAGCCAUUCGCAGAUGAACCCUACAAUCUGGAGCCCAGAGCUGGACAUCGAUCCGACUUUGACAAAGACCGAGAGCCCAGACCAACUACCGCUUUAUUCAUGGCCUCCUAACUACAGUCUACAGUACGAUAAUGCACCACAGAUGAUCCACCCAUCCAGCAACCAAUGA